UGUAAGUCUGUGGUUAUAGGCUGUGAGACUUCCACUAUCUCCAAAGGUCCGAGGCUCGUAUCCCCGCGUGGUUUGUUUACAUCACGUGGCCACGAGCGGGGCGGCGCCGACCCGCGAAUUUUCCUCCCCCGCACCAUUUGUUCCGCCCCUGCCCCGCCCCGCACCGCCCCGCCCCGGCCGUGGCUCUACUGUGACAUGCGGGCCGUGCUGUGCGUGGGGGCUGCUGUGCACUGAGGGGCGUGGACUAGCGCCGUGCCCAGCCCAACACGCCCACCGCCAGACCAGCCGCGGGUGCUCGGGAGUUCAAACAAUCACAGCAUAAUGGCCCGAUGGCAGACAGAUCCUGGAAUACUUCGGGGUGGCACCUUCCCCUCAGGGCCUCUCAACUUGCCUCAAGGUCUUGACAUUCACCCAACUAUUGCCCCUCCAACAUUCAGGCCAUGGGGUUCCAGCACUGCCAAUGAAGACAUAGUUUUGCUGGCAGAGUUUUCAGAGAUUGAGGGACCCAUGCCACUGCUUUCAGUACCUCAGUCGCCAUCAGUCCAAAUUGACCUAAAUGAAUUUGUGGUGAAGGUCCUGUCAACAGACUACCUCAAUACAAGUGGUGAGUUUCGUGUGUAUGAGGACACUCAGUUAGUGCAACAAGACCUCAACCUUGGAGUGCAUGUGUAUGUCCACUACUUCACUCUUUAUGAUGUCCGAGCGAGGGGCUUUGUUCGACCCAUGUGCCUCUCCUAUAUCUCAUCUGAUUACCAGAAGUUGCUUCAUUAUUUCUCCCUACUCAAACAAAAAUUUACUGCUGCAACCGAGUAUCUGAAGAUGAGCAACUUUACCUGGUUCUCCAAGGAAAUGGAAGGAUUGAUUCGUGACCUAGAGUACACCAAGGAUCGUUACAUUCAGUCCCAACGCAGCAAUCUAGAAUCUACCAGAGAAGCAUCAUUUACUAAAGAGGAAGGAGAGGAGGAAGUGGACAGGAGUGGAAGUGCUCCAGACUCUUCAAGCAAGGAGAACCGUGACUACAAGAGCAGCAGUGUUGUUAUGACUGUCCAGCUGAGUGAUGCUUCACCUAACAAUGUAAACCUGCCAAAUCCCAGCCAGCUAUUUUCAGAUGAUGGCUCGUUAUUAAAUGCGACUGACCACGGAGAGAAACAGGAUCCAGAACUUUCACCAAUCAUUAAUGAGAGUUCCAAGGAGGAGGGGGAGGAGGCCAUGCUGAGGCACACCACCCUGGAGAGUGUGGCCAUGCAGAUUAUGGAGUGUCAGCACAUCCUGGACGUUAUCAGGCCACAUGUGGAAAAGAAAGAUAUUGAGGAAGACUUGAAUAAUCUGGCAGAUCAUAUUUUAUCUAAUCCUCACUCACCACUCUACAAAACCAUGAAAGACUUAAAUAUGUUGGAGAAACCUGAGACUAAAGCUCAGCCAACCAUCUGCAUUCUUUCUCUUAUGAAGCGCAACUUCCACGAUAUGCGCUCCAUUCAGCAGCUGUGUGGAGUGGGCUAUGUGAGGUGUUUGUUCCAGCUACGUGCCAUCCACGACAAGUUCUGCAAGCCGUUCCUUACUCUUAGGUUUGAAGACCUUGAUAAUGAGGUAUACAAAAAUCCCUUUGGAUCACUAUUUGUUGGCAACAUACCUGUGGUCAAUAUUCUUCGGGGUGAGGAGUACAGUAAACCUCAGGCACAAACAAACCCAUAUUCUGGUCUGUGUUGGGACACACACUAUGUAAAGUUCCUUAGAAAUGGAACAUCACAUGUGUCCACCCCAGACUCUGAAUAUGUGGCUACUAUGGACAAUCCCCAUGACAUGGCAUUAGUGUCAGCAGCAGCUGACUGUCUGGAGGUGUUCUCUCGGACAGGGGAAAGGGAAGCUUCCUCAAGUACACAGUCCCCAGAGAUUAGUAGAAGUGAAAAUCCUCACAAGGAGGGUUCACCACAGACUCCUAAGGAUAAGAAAGAAAAUAAAGAUGUAAAUGAAUUUUCAAAGUUAGAAGAAACUAAGGAUUCUACUGACAGCCAGUUAACCAGUGAUCAGUCGACUAGAGAAAAGAAAGAUGCCACUGAUCGCAGAAGAAUGUUGGUGACUCAGUGCAGCGUCAGCAGUGUCAGCAGCUGGGCAUCCAACCCCACACUGGACUUGGCUGGGUAUGAAGACAUCCAGGAGGAGGAGGGGGUGGAAGAAGACGUCCGCACCUUGGCUAAGGGAGAGCCAGUCCCUCGAGUGGACAUUGACAACAGGAGAGUGAUCAGCAAAGUUUGUCGGUUGGCUGGGCUGGUGCAGCAGUUCUGCGGCGUGUCUCACUGUCUAGUCCAUUCCCUGCUCUCUGGCCGCCCUGUUAUCAUUGCUGCAGAAGAGAGCUACAAGCCCACUGUGGUCAUGUAUGUGCGAGCCCUCUCCACCCUCCUGCCACGGACACCAGCUGAACCUCUUCCAGUCCUUAGGUGGCACACUGGCACUGUGACCGAGCACCACCUGCAGCAGUACAGCUUGAUGGGGGUGUGCAUCCCUGAGCGCCUCCACGUCCAGGACCUCAUGUCCAACUCUACAUUGAACCAGGUGACGGUGCUCAACAUAGAGACAGGGCACAUCUCUGGAGUGGCCUACAGUGGCACACUGGUUCGGGGAGUCGAACACUACGGUCGCAAGCUGUUCCACUCAAACUCUGCCCUCCAGGUAUGCCUUCAAUCCAUCAUAGUAGCCCUGGGACUCAAAGUCUAUCUGCUCUACCACCUGAUGGGCGUGACAAACCGCACCACAGAAGAAAUUCUGAAGGGCCUAGGUGUUCACAAGGGAGAUUGGGAUAUUAUUAUGUAUUUGACUGGAAUGGUUCAGAAACAAGCAAAGAAAAGGCUGGAAAGUUCAUGAGUUGAUUAAAUGUCAUUAUAUUGUUGAUUGUUCUUUACAGGGAAACACCAAUAUAUACAUUAUACACAACUAAGUGCUCUUGGUUUACAGUAAAUUUCACAUUAAAGUUUACUGUCAACCAAGAGUACUUAGUUAUUUAUAUUUUUGGUGUAUUGUAAUACUUUCACUUGUUGUUUGAUCUUUUUGAAAUAUAUUUUGAUGGCAUGAUAAACAUAUCAGUAUUGUUUUAGUCACUUCAGCAUUGUUCAUUAUACUAUAUACAUAUCAAAUCUAUGAAGUUUGUGGUAUGUGUUGUUCUUCUGCAAGGGGUGGACAUUAUAUUAAUGAAACUGUGAUAUGCUUCUACUUAUUGACAGGUAUAUCUCUAAUUAUCAUAAGUGCAGAUUCCUUCAUGUUUCAUAGUGAUGUUUUUGUUUACAUUUGUUAUAGCAAUGAAAAUAAGAAAACUAAGAUGCCAGGUAAAAUGAGUGAUCAAACCAUAAGUUUACUUAUAUAUGCAGAGUACUGAGGUGAGCUUUGCUCACUACACUAGAACAGGAAAGGUAACUAAAUGAUAGGCAUUUGAAGGAAAAUCAAGAGAAUGAAACUUUUGGUAAUUGAAUUAAAAAGUUUGAAUAAUUUUAAAGUAUGUUUUUUUGUUUUUUGUUUUUUUUCUCUUUUUUCCACCAUAGGUUUGCUCCAUUGAAUCUCUAGUCAAGUUCUCCUUUCCUUCUUAGUCACGAUACAUUUAGAGAGCUUAAGUCACGUGUACCUCUUCGUCGUUCCGUUUCCAUGACAUUUGUUUCCUUGUCAUUAGAAUAUAACGUAUGUGAGAAGCAUAGUAUAACUAUGUUCUCCAUGUCACUUAAGUGCCUGACCUCAUCCAUUUUAUAACUGUAUUCUAGCAGGAGAUGCUAAAUGUAAUAUCACAUUACAUCCAAACAAAAUUGCUGAAUGAAUUGCAUCUAGUAUCUUAUUAGCAUAGGACUUUUAAGGUAAAUGGUAAGACAACAUUCCACUUCCUGUUGCUCAAGAUUUGUAACGGUAGCGAGUAAGGCAUCACAUUACACAAAGCAAUAUUCACCUUGUUCGGAUGGCUUAUUUGUAUACUUUCGUAAGUGCAAUAUAUUCUUUAUUUCCCCUUGUUGAUGAUAUUGAACAACCUUAAUAAUACAUGGCUGAGAAAAAAAAGGUUGGGUACAGAACAAGAAUGUUUAAGUAAAGUACAUGAUCCACACUGGAGUCUAAGCGGCUGGGUCUUGUGUUUCUAGACAUAUUUCGUGGACAAUAAUGAUCCAUAUUGUAUAAAAUAGUAGUAUUAAUUUGGAUGGAACAGCACCUGUUGCAAAGGCACACACUUCUGUUUAGGAUAAAUGUUAAAAGAAUAUUCAAGUUAGUAAGAGAUUAUUCAGGUUACAGAAAUUCAAUAAAUCUGUGAAUAUUCUUUGUAGAAAUAUAAAUAUACCAAUUUUAAUACUAUAGAACAUUUCCUAAGGAGGAGCAAGUGUUGUAUGCCAAACCCUCAUAGCAUCAGUGUAUCUCAAAACAAUAUUACAAAAUCCUGAGGGCACUCACUAGGCAAAGCAUAUUAAAGUCAAGUACAUAGAUGUAAGGUAUAUUGCAUGCCAUACUCUCCUGGUAACAAAACUCAACCAGUAACUGUGACAAAUACAUAGCUGUUUCAGUAAGGAAAGCAAUAUUUAAAUAUCAUUGAAAGCACAACCAUAUCAAUAAUGUUCACAAUCAACUGAAAAUGUUGCCUUGCAAUAAUACCUAGUGAUAAAUGGAAGUGUAUUACAAGAGGAAUGGUCCUGAAUAUUAUGUAGUUAUAUAAAAUAAAUUACUUAAAAUUUA